CAAGCAGAUGAGAGUCUGAACUUCGAGGAGCAGAUCCUGGAAGCUGCCAAAUCCAUUGCUGCAGCCACAAGUGCGCUGGUGAAGGCAGCCUCAGCGGCCCAGCGAGAAUUAGUGGCCCAAGGAAAAGUGGGCGCAAUCCCCGCCAAUGCAGUGGAUGAUGGACAGUGGUCCCAGGGUCUCAUUUCAGCCGUGGCCUGCAAGGUGAAGGCUGACCAUGACUCUGAGGCCAUGAAACGGCUCCAGGCCGCCGGCAACGCUGUAAAGAGAGCGUCGGACAAUCUGGUGAAGGCAGCACAGAAGGCAGCUGCCUUCCAGGACCAUGAUGAAACAGUGGUGGUGAAGGAGAAGAUGGUUGGGGGUAUUGCACAGAUCAUCGCCGCCCAGGAGGAGAUGCUGCGCAAGGAGCGGGAGCUGGAGGAG